GUUUUUGGGGUCAGUCGGCGGAAGAUGGCGGUCUGGAUGCUGCUGGAGCUGCUCUCUCCGCGGCGGAGGAUCCUUUAUAAGCACACACACUGAACUCAAACACAACACAAGUCUCAUCUGGAUUAAUAUUCACUGCUUUUUCCGCUCGGGUAUGGACUGUUGGAGUGUUUUAGCAGGGUACAAGCACCUCAGACGCUUCUGUGGGAGACUUUGCAGGGAGUUUGAUGUUAUUAUUAUUCUGCUAGCCGUGCGGAGCAGCUAGCGGCUUUCUCCUCCGCUUUAAAGCCUUCAAAUUGUAUAAAAAUGUCGGAUACGAAGGUAAAAGUGGCGGUUCGAGUCCGACCAAUGAACAGGAGAGAGAUUGAGCUCAGCACAAAAUGCGUGGUUGAGAUGGAGGAAAACCAGACUAUUCUUCACCCUCCGCCCUCCAAUGCAAAAGGAGAAAGCAGGAAACAGACGAAGGUGUUCGCCUUUGACCACUGCUUCUGGUCCAUGGACGAGUCCAACAUCCCGAAGUACGCCGGUCAGGAGGUCGUCUUCAAGAGCCUCGGGGAGGGAAUACUGGAAAACGCCUUUCAAGGAUACAACGCCUGCAUCUUUGCCUACGGACAGACAGGCUCGGGGAAAUCCUUCUCCAUGAUGGGCAACAGAGAGCAGCCGGGCCUGAUCCCCAGACUCUGCUGCUCGCUGUUCGAGAGAGUCUCCAGAGACCAGAAUGAGAGCCAGUCCUUCAAGGUGGAGGUUUCCUACAAGGAGAUCUACAACGAGAAAGUCCGAGACCUGCUGGAUCCCAAAGGGAGCAGACAGUCUCUGAAGGUCAGAGAGCAUAAAGUCCUGGGUCCGUAUGUGGACGGUCUGUCUCAGCUGGCUGUGAUGAACUUCGAGGACAUUGAGUCUCUGAUGUCGGAGGGGAAUAAAUCACGCACAGUAGCCGCCACUAACAUGAACGAGGAGAGCAGCCGAUCACACGCCGUCUUCAGCGUCAUCGUCACGCAGACACUGUAUGACCUGCAGUCUGGGAAUUCUGGUGAGAAAGUGAGUAAGAUCAGUCUGGUUGAUCUGGCCGGCAGUGAACGUGUUUCUAAGAGUGGAGCCGCUGGAGAGAGACUGAAGGAGGGCAGCAACAUCAACAAGUCUCUGACGACGCUGGGCUGUGUGAUUUCUGCACUCGCUGAUCAGUCUGCAGGAAAAGGCAAGAGCAAGUUUGUGCCAUACAGAGACUCAGUGCUGACGUGGCUGCUGAAGGACAAUCUGGGUGGCAACAGUAAGACGGCCAUGAUCGCCACCAUCAGCCCGGCCGCUGAUAACUAUGAGGAGACGCUGUCGACGCUGCGCUACGCCGACCGAGCCAAGAGAAUCGUCAACCACGCCGUGGUGAAUGAGGAUCCCAAUGCCCGCAUCAUCAGAGAACUGCGGGAGGAAGUGGAGAAGCUGAAGGUGCAGCUCUCGCAGGCUGAGUCUCUGAAGUCUCCUGAGCUGCAGGAGAAACUCCAGGAGUCUGAGAAACUCGUUCAGGAGAUGACCGUCACCUGGGAAGAGAAACUCAGGAAAACUGAGGAGAUCGCACAGGACCGUCAGAAGCAACUGGAGAUCAUGGGAAUCUCUCUGGAGUCGUCAGGGAUCAAGGUCGGAGAGGACAAGUGCUUCCUGGUCAACCUGAACGCCGAUCCGGCUCUCAAUGAACUGCUGGUUUACUACCUGAAGGAUCACACGCGUGUGGGAGCCGACACGUCUCAGGACAUCCAGCUGUUCGGCAUCGGGAUCCAGUCUGAACACUGUGUGCUGGAAGUCACGUCUGACGGAGACGUCACGCUCACGCCGGCAGACAACGCCAGGACGUGUGUGAACGGGACGAUGGUUUACUCCAGGGUUCAGCUGUGGCACGGAGAUCGUAUUCUGUGGGGAAACAACCACUUCUUCAGAAUCAAUCUGCCGAAGCGCAAGCGGCACGGGCGACUGAAGGAGCCGGAGCGAGACUCUCCUCGCCAAAGCUUGUCCGAGGCCGACGCGGAGACGGCGAGCCAGGCCUCGUCCGAACAGGACUACAGCUACGAGUUCGCACAGAUGGAGGUCAUGAUGAAAGCGCUGGGGAGCAACGACCCCAUGCAGAAGGCGGUGCAUGCUCUGGAGAAGCAGUAUGUGGAGGAGAAGCGUCUGGCACUGGAGGAGCAGCGGCUGAUGUACGAGCGCGAGCUCCAGUCUCUGCGGCAGCAGCUCUCGCCGGAGAAAGCGUCUCAGCACCAGCGCUGCAGCAGCUUCCCCACACACACCACACACACCAAACUGCGUCUGUGGAGCGACGAGAGGGACGAGCUGUUUCGUCAGAGUCUGUCUCGGCUGCGUGAGCAGGUGGUCCGAGCGAACGCUCUGGUGCGAGAGGCUAACUUUCUGUCCGAGGAGAUGCACAAACUCACCGACUAUCAGGUCACGCUGCAGAUCCCAGCCGCCAACCUCAGCGCAAACCGCAAGCGUGGCACUAUAGUCAGUGAACCGGCCAUCCAGGUGCGACGCAAAAUGAAGGGAACGCAGGUGUGGACCAUCGAGAAACUAGAGAACAAACUAGUGGACAUGAGAGACUAUUACAGAGACUGGAGGGAAGGAACACAGGAGGAGGUGAACUGUCUGCACAGUAAAGCGGGCGAUCCGUUCUAUGAAGCGCAGGAGAAUCACAAUCUCAUCGGCGUGGCAAAUGUCUUCCUGGAGUGUCUGUUUCAUGACGUGAAGCUGCAGUACGCUGUUCCCAUCAUCAGCCAGCAGGGGGAGGUGGCAGGUCGUCUGCAGGUGGAGCUGCUGCGGGUGAGCGGCGUCGUUCCCGAGCGUUUGGCCGGAGGAGACGAUUCCUCCGAGAACUCCAGCCAGAGCAGCGGAUACGAGGUCAUGGACAACAAUGGAGAGAUCGUCCACAUGGCCAGAAAACUCACCUGCAGGGUGCGGAUCAGAGAGGCGUCUGGUCUUCCUCUCAACCUCUCUAACUUCGUCUUCUGUCAGUACACCUUCUGGGAACAAUCAGAGCCCGCUGUGGCUCCGCCCAUUGUCAGCCCGGACACGCCCCCCUCACAGAUGGCCGACGCCCACUUCACUGUGCACUUUGAUCACUGCAGGGAUUUCCUGGUGCAUGUGACGGAGGAGUUUCUGGAGUUCAUCUCAGACGGCGCUCUGGCCAUCGAGGUCUGGGGUCACCGGUACGCUGGGAACGGCCGGUCUGUGCGGGAGCUGGAUGCACUGCAGGCCAAGAGACGCACGCUCAGAGACAGGUGGAGUGAAGUGUCACGUCAGAUCGAGCUGUGGGUCUCCAUACAGGAGCUGAAUGAGCAGGGCGAGUAUUCGUCUGUAGAGCUUCAUCCCAGCAGAGACGUCAGCACUGGAGGAGUGUUUCAGCUGCGCCAGGGUCACUCGCGAAGGCUGCAGGUGAGCGUCCUGCCGGUCCAGCACUCGGGGACGCUUCCGUUGCUGGUGGAGGCCGUGCUCUCUGUCUCCAUCGGCUGCGUUUCCGCUCGAUCCACCAAACUACAGAGACCUCUAGACAGCUAUCAGAGGGAGGAAGACGCUGAUAUGGAUAGUUAUCAGGAGGAGGAUCUGAACUGUGUCCGGGAGCGCUGGUCUGAAGCCCUCAUCAAGCGCAGGGAGUAUCUGGAGGAGCAGAUCAAGAAGAUCAUCAAUAAGUCAGAGAAGUGCGAGGAGGACGUGGAGCGAGAGGCUCGGCUGGUGGAGCAGUGGGUCGCUCUGACGGAGGAGAGGAACGCCGUGCUGGUUCCGGCCCCUGGCAGCGGGCUCCCGGGGGCCCCGGCGCACUGGGUUCCCCCUGCUGGCAUGGAGGCUCAUAUUCCUGUGCUGUUUCUGGAUCUGAAUGCUGAUAACCUGACGGUGAACGAUCAGCUGACCGGUCCUCACGCCGCCGGUGUUAACUCAAUCCUCCCCAAAGAGCACGGCAGCCCGUUCUUCUACCUGCCCAUCAACAGACACAGCCAUGACGAGGUGUCGGCUGUGUGCUCCUGGGAUUCGUCCAUCCACGACUCCAUCCAUCUGAACCGGAUCACGGCGCCCAGCGAGCGGAUCUACCUGAUCGUGAAAGCCACGGUUCAGCUCAGUCACCCGGCGUCUGUGGAGCUGGUGCUGCGCAAGAGGAUCGCCGUCAACAUCUACAACAAACAGAGUUUCACUCAGAGCCUGAAGAGACGGAUGUCUUUGAAGAACAUUCUGUACUCCUGUGGAGUGACGUAUGAGAUCGUGUCCAACAUACCAAAGGCGUCUGAGGAGCCAGAGGAGCGCGAGACUCUGGCCUUGAUGGCGGCGCGAGGAGAGAGCGAGGAGACACUCGAUGGAGAGACAUACAUAGAGAAAUACACCAGAGGAGUCCUGGAGGUGGACAAUAUUCUGUGUCUGGAGAGACUGCGGCAGGCCGUGACGGUGAAGGAAGCUCUCUCCGCUAAAGGCAGACACAUACGGCGCAGUCUCAGCACGCCCAACGUCCAGCACAGCUCUUGUUGUAAAUCGGACGGGACCGGAUGUGAGGAUGAGGAUGUAAAGACUCACUGCGAUGGUCACACAGACGUCACCGAAUCCAACUUACAUGAAACUUCACUCAACAGUCCUCUGUCAAAAGACACGCCUGUCAAAAACAAAGAGAAUCACGGAUCGAGCAUGCGUUGGUUUGCGGCUCCUGGCGGCCCCUGGUCCAGACCCAGGGCUCAGAGCGAGGGCCGCAGUGAUAUCAUCAGCAGCUCGGCCAAUCACAGGCAGCCCAGACUGAGCACUGAUCUCACUCACACACGGCCGCACGCUGCUGAUUCAGAGGAGGAGGAUCCUUACAUGGAUUCAGCCUUCACCCGUUCCAACGACCCAGGCCUCGGGUCUCUGGAGCUCCAAAACUUCAAGCCUUACAUCCCCGAGGAUUUUGCCAACUUUGAGGUGUACAACGCCAGCCUUGAGACCCAAGAGGGGGCUAUGUGUGUGCAGGGAGAGAUGGCACCCGGGAUCGGGGUGUUAACAGGGACACGGGCUGUGGAAAAAGAAGUGUCCCGUAGUCCCACAGCCAGCACAUGCACAAGUGGCUACUUCUCUCAUAGUGCCUCGAACGCCACGCUGUCCGACGUGCUCUUCAGCGGCAGCGAUAGUUGCGACCAGCUCAACAUUAAAGAACCUCCAGACCCUCAGGAAGCAUCGCACGGAAGAGGGUUGCAUCCUUCCAGAAGUGCCUCGGGAUCCUGUCCAGCCCAGACCAUUCCUGCUCAGCCUUGUUCCCGUCACUGCACCGACCUGGACUGUUCCCCUCGGCUUCCCCGCAAGUGUAUCCUGAGCGUCAGUCAAGAAUUCACAGACUUUAAGGGUGCAAAUGAUGAUGUAGGGGAAGAAGACCAUGGUAAAAUUGGAUGGAAGGCAGAAUCGAUUCCCACUGACUUCAAGGGUGUAGAUGAUGGCGUAGGAGAAGAAGACCUUGGUAACAUCAAAUGGAAGGGGGAAUCGAUGUCUCCAGACCUUAAGGGUGUAGAUCAUGGCGUAAAAGACGACCUUGGUAACAUUAAAUGGAAGGCGGAAUCGAUUCCUCCAAACUUUAAGGGUGGAGAUGAUAGUGUAGGAGAAGAAGAUCUCAGUAACAUCAGAUGGAAAGCGGAAUCCAUUCCACCAGACUUAAAGGGUGUAGGUCAUGGCAUAAGAGAAGAUCUUGGUAGCAUUGGAUGGAAGGCAGACUCGAUUCCCCAAGCCAAAACCCAAGGCAUGGAUCCCCCACCCCAGUUCCAUCUCCACAAUGGGAAAGAGUCUCCCAGUAUCCCAUUACCUCAUGCCAAGCCACAGCUGGAAGCAACUCAAGGACUUGAGUCUUUGGCAGACUCUAGUAAGGACGAGAACGGACCAGUUGCUCAGUUGCCGGACUGGAUGGCCCCCGGUGAGCAAGUUUGGGUGGGCAAACGGAGUGGGACGGUGCAUUACGUUGGAGGGGUAGAGUUUGCCAAAGGCAUCUGGGUUGGAGUAGAGCUGGACCUUGCUGUAGGCAAGCACAACGGUACGGUCCAAGGAAGGGUGUACUUCCGAUGUGCCACAGGUCAUGGCGUCUUCGUGAAGCCAUCAUGUUUGACUCGAGGGCCUCCGUCCAUAGACACCGAACCUCAACCUGUAGGAGCAGGACAGUGACCCAAUAGUUGGUAGAUGAUCUCUUCGACACCAGCACCAGCCUGGACAAACCAAGUGCUAACAGAAUCCAUGCUUCUGAUUCGUUAGAGAUAUGUUGGUUCCCCUGAUUCCAUGGCAAUAACCCCUACCUGUGUGUCUUGUUGAAAUUAUAGGCCUAUUUCAGUAUCAUCUUUGAAUGUCGAGAGUUGCACAGUUGCACAAACUUGUUUUAUAUAUCAUGUACAGCUGUAAUACUAACAUCCUUCUUGGUUACUUGGUUACCACUUCUUAUAUGACUAAAUGUAUUAAUCGAACAUUGCCUAACACUACUUUGAGUGAGUUUGAGAUUUGGAUGCGUGUUCUAGGUAAGAAUGUACUACUGUUUAUGACCUUUUUGUUUGCGUGAUUAUAUCAGGUAUUACCAAAAACAUUGCCUUUCAAAUCUGCUGUGCAAACUUCUUACGUAGAUUACUUUGGCAAUGUGUUUCAUGCUUGUGUUUUAUGUAUAUGUGUUCGACUGAUUUAUGCUAAGUGCCAUAUUUCUGGUUGAAAGGCCACAUGCCCAUCAGGACUUCAAAAUUGUGGUCAGUUUUUUUUAGAUUUAAUAGUAUUUUGAUUGGACGGCAAUCCAGUUGCUCGUACUCUGUUGCGUUACUGGUUUGUUGAGUACUGUAACUGUUGAAGGACUGCCAAUAUUUCUAUUAACAGAGCUGUCUGAAUGCUUGCACUGGAGUAACUUAUCCUGGAUGCACAUUAAGUUAUGUAAUGCACAGACUUUUACACAUUCUCAGAUACUGAUUCGAUGCUUCUCAGGAGGUUGACGGAAGUGAGAUCACCUAAUGCGGAGAGCACUAUGUUUUCUUUAUCAGACCAUUACCGGUAGGGAGCAUUAUUGCAAAACGCAGAUAACCCGGUCUGCUUCGUAUCGGCUAUAUACCCUAAAGUACUGACACAAGCCCUGUUCAUGAACAGGGUCUUUUUAGAUAGUCGACUUCUAGGUUCACCUGCCUAAUAAUGAAGCUUCCGAGCAUUUAAAUCCAUGUGUGUUUGACUGUUGAGUAAGAUUUUAUUAGUUUGUGAUACUAAAGCCAAUAUUAAUGUUUUUUAUAGGUAUAAAUGGGAGAUGAGCAAUAUCGGGGAAAUUGGGACAUAGCCUGAAUAAUGCUAGUAUGUUUAGUGCCAUGACCAGUGCUGUUAUUAUUGCUGUUUUACCUGAAGAACUGUGGAUCUCAUAAGAAGUGAAUACUAUUGCUGUCAAUGGAGAUGGUAAAAUGAAAACCCA